GUAAAACACGGGAAUCGCUGAUUCAUUCCACUCACAAUGGCACCGCCAGAUUUCCGCCGUCCGUUCAAGAGAGCGGCGGUCUCCGAUCAACAGAGGCGUCGAGAGUUGACAUUACAGAGGCAAGCGCAGUCCCGCCAUGAUGCCCAGCAGCGAGUGCGUAAUUUGGCAUCCACCAUUAUCUCUCUUCAAUCUCAAGAACCCGAUGAUGCUGCUGAUGUUGUGCUCGAACCCUACCCGGAAGAAUCUGAAGCUCCGCCGAAGGAGCUCGAUAUCCGGAGGGCGUCUAGGAUGAGAGGAGAGCAAGUUCGCAAUUGGUUCGCUAGACAACUGAUGCUUCCGGAAUGGAUGAUUGACAUACCCGAUAACUUGAGUCAAGACUGGUACGUCUUCGCCAGGCCGGCUGGGAAGCGCUGUUUCGUCGUUGCCUCAAACGGGACGACGGUUAGCAGGCAACGGAAUGGGUCGAUCUUGCAUUGUUUCCCUUCUGCUCUCCCUAACGGGGCGAAGACGAGAGAACCAUCAGGGCCUGCACAUUCCUAUUCCAUUCUCGACUGCAUAUUUCACGAGGGCGAUCAAACAUACUAUGUGAUAGACAUGGUUUGCUGGGGAGGCUGCUCUUAUUACGACUGCCCGGCCGACUUCAGGUUCUACUGGCUGAAUUCCAAGCUUGAGGAGACCGGGGCAUCUGGCCCUCCUUCCUAUUACCAUAAAUACAGAUUCAGCGCAGUCACCCAUGAGAAGGGUCUGCCUGCUGCAUAUACAGAUGCAACGCCUUAUGUUAAAGACGGUUUGCUUUUCUAUAACAAGCAUGCGCAUUAUCAAAGCGGGAAUACUCCCCUAGCAUUAGUAUGGAAGGAUGCCAAAUGUAGUCAAUAUGUUCUUGACACAGACAGCACCGGGGAGGUGCCGGACCAACAACAGAAGGUGGUAUUGGAACUACAAGAGGAUGGAAAUCUGAUUACAUCAGAUGAUCCUCCCAUCAUCUUUGGCCGUCUGAAUUCCGAGUUCAUCCAACAGUUAGGCCUGCAUUCCGGGAAUUUUGUGCGCUGUGCAAUUAAUGAUGGUGGGUUAAGCUUUGUGGAAGGUAAGCUUGAGAAAGCAGAUCUAAAGUAUAUUGGGAAGUGCAGUCGAGGACGUGCUUUUGCAGAUAGUUAUUCGAAGGUUGUGUUUCAGUAUAUGGCUAGGCAUUCUCCGCUGACCUAUGAUGAUCUGCUAGUUGCUGCUAACAAACCACCUUCAGAUGUCGAGAUGGCAGGCUGAUUUUGAUGAAGCAUCCACCAGAAGCCAACCCCUUCGAUCCUUGAGUGAGCUGUAUACACCUUCUGCCAGCCUUCUUUGCUACAAAAUGCUUAUGAUUGAUUCUACUAUGGGGAGGCAUAGCAAGGGCAUAGACUUUUGCUUCCUUCCUUCCGGUUGAUUGUGGCAUGAAGCGAAGAAGUUUCCUGCAGCAUCAGCAAAUGGUUUGACCUCAAUACCGGAUGUUACCGCCGAUGGAUUUUGUAUGUAUUCGUUUAUGCAUGGAGGAUCGAUGUUGCUCUCAAACUUUUAAUAUCUAAGAUGAGUUUUGUUAAAAUUAGAACAAUCAUUCUCUUGAAUUGAUUAGAUCACCUAAGGGCCAAAACUCCAUUGCUUCUUGUUGACAUCAGUGUCGAUGAGAGUUAAUUUAUGGCAAAAAGGGGUCGGGGGUUCCAACUAUCCCAUGGCAGAGAUAGAGUUGAGGCUAACCAUGUCAACAUUGUGCUAACUCCUAA